AUGUUCACCAGAGAGGGCGAUCCUAACGACGCCCGCGGGCCGUCGAUGACGGUCCAACACGCCGAGCGUCAGAGGAUCGCGGCGGCGGCGCAUUUAAGAGAGUGCUUCCCUCGAGCCGUCGAGAAAACGCUCGAGCUCGCGCUGGACGCGCACGGAGGCUCGGUCGAGCUCGCCAAGGACGCUUUGAAUGAUUUCUUCCGCGACGACGCGCGCGGGGAGGGGCGACGAUCGCGGAGAGAUGAGGACGCGGACGCGCGGGACGAGGGGCGAAGACGCAAGCGCGAGCGCGCGCGGCGGUCGAGGUCGACGUCGCGCGAUGGGAAGGGAAAGAGGGAGAAAAAGGAGAAGAAAGAGAAACGAGAGAAACGAGAGAAGCGAGAUCGACGAUCGAGGUCGAGAUCGAGGUCGAAGGAGGAGCGCGUGAUGUUCGGGAACGACGAGGAGGAGCGAAGGCGAGAGCUGGCGAACGAACGCAAGCGCGCGGAGGAGGCGAGGCAGAAGGAGGUCCUGGAGCGCAUGCGCGCGGAGAGAGGUCAAGGAAGUGACGUGGAUAAUAUGCGCGAGCAAGAGUUGCUCCGGCACAAGCUUCAGAUCGCGCACAAGGUUGGCGACGCGCGAGAGGUGGAGCGGUUGAAGGCGUUGUUGUCUCGCGACGUCUCGCUCGAUCGAGCGGCGAGGGCGAAUUACGGAUUUCGACCGAACGACUGA